GGCUGGUCCCUCCGUCGAGUGCACCCUGCCUCCACCAAGACCACUAGACAUAGAUCUGCCAAAAGUACCGACAAACCAGGGGAGUGACCCUCCAAGGCGAGCACCGUUGGGUUGGGCUACCAUAUUCGAAAAUGAUCAGAUGUCGAGAGCUCCCAUGGAUUGGGUUACUGCGAAGGAGAAGGCCGGAAAGUUCAUUCACCCUGCACAGAAACAAGCGAUGGGAUGGGAACUGGACGAAUUCCAACACAACCCCGGUUCUCUGAUGGAAUCGAUCAAGAUUCUAGAGGAGAUGAAAGUACGAAAUGCCGCCCGUCUCUCUGAGGGCGUUGGUCUGUUACCACUAGAAUAUUUUCGGCCAACAAGGCCGAUUGUUCAGGCUUCUCCGCAACGACCGGCAACAGCUGUGCAGCAAUCCGCGAUACCAACCUCUUCUCAACAGAUAUGGAUGCCUGAACCGCUAAACAUACCACAACCUUCUGCUCUGCAAUCGCUGCCACAUACGCCUAGUCCACUGCUACGUCAAUUGCCUGGUCAGCGGCGCACUGCAGACGCAAGCGAAGUUGGGCUCAUACCAAGUCCCUAUGCACAGCGUUACAGGUCGCAAAUACAAUGUGAUCCGCGAUCCAUCUCACAGUUACAUCAGCGAUCCAUAUUACCAACGAAUGCUAAUCCGCCCAUUUUAUGCGAACCAGUAUUCGAACCUGCCCAACGUCCAGCAACGCGGACACCUCAGUCGCUUUCGCCACCGGCAACUGCCAUUCUGCAUAGAGCAUCAGGGUCAACUGCUGGAGAUUCGCGUGUCGAUCCACCACAAUGCGAUUAUGCAUGGACAAGUCCUCGGCCUCGGUCUGGCACCUUCCCUCUGCCAAUCACAAGAAGAGACCGUUUUCGUACUUCCUCCGUCCCACCUCCUCCACCAUCGUCACGGUGCACAUGUGAAGAUGGCUGCGUCUGUUCAACUCGACUAACUGAACACCAAGUCAUAGGGCUACGGGGUGGCCAUGUAAACAGUCCCUGGUACAAGUCGCUUUUCAAGCAGGCACGCCGACCACGUGCUCCAAAGAUCCAGAUCUCGCCUCCCUCCCGGCAGUCCGCUCAUCCCAGGCCAGAAAAUGCGAACGCGGCGCCGGCUGAGCAGCAACUGGAGCUUCUGUUACCACAAGCUGCACGACGAGCGCGGCUCCCGACUGGGCUGCGAGUCCAGACAGAUCUGAGUGAGUUCUCAAACACCUCGGAUUCCUCCACGGCGAUGUGGUCCCCUCCGUAGUGGGUGGAGGAUAUCAACGUCGACCGUGGGCUCAUGACGGAGUUUCAGUGGAUGGCGCCGGCUCUCGUCGAGAGGGAUGGGUCCGGGGAAAAUAUACUCACAACGACGUACCGCUCCACUUAUCUUUCUCCUUGGGAUUUCGGAUUCCACGACGCGAAUGCCCUUUGGCAGUGUUAUCUGUUCGGGAAGUCU